AUGUUGUGUGGAAGUUAUCACGAUGAUUGCAGUAAAGACGUAUGACGUGCUGGCACGCCGUCACGGCGAGGUGGUAAACGGACGGAUAACAAAGAAAAUGUAGAAGUAGUUUGCCGUUUAUGUCCGUAUAAGGGCAACGAUCCCUGCGUGAUACCAAUCGACGAUGAGCAUGUUCGAUUUGUACAACCUACCACCAUGCAGUCCAGGAACGGAAUGCCGCUGGAAACUAUUUACGAAUUUUCAUACGUCUUUGACGACAGUGACAGUCAGCGCGUCGUGUUUGAGCGUACUGCCCUGGAUUUGAUCGAAAAUCUGAUCCGUGGGAAGAAUUCAUUACUUUUUACGUAUGGAGUAACUGGAAGUGGUAAAACUUACACAAUGACAGGAAACACCGAGGAAGAGUCGAUUGGGAUUCUUCCACGUACUCUCGAUGUUAUAUUCAAUUCGCUGAUCAACCGCGUGGAUAAAUGCGUUUUCAAACCGGAUGGACGUAAUGGCUUUAUUGUGCGUGACGAGUUUGAAUCGGCACUUGCACGACGACGCUUAGAGCUCGAACGAUCCGAUAAUGGAGUCGAAUUAGCAAAUCGCUACAUUGAACGUCGAAGGGUAAGCGGUGCUAAUCCGGAUUUGGCUUGUGCAGUUUUUGUUUCUUAUAUCGAAAUUUAUAAUGAAGUUUGUUAUGAUCUUCUUGAAGAACCCCUCCUCAGAGCAGAUGGUACUAGGACACUCUCUGGUAAAGAUAUUAGACUAGGUGCCAAUAAUAUGUUUUACGUGGGUAAUGCAACUGAAGUUGAAGUGGAUUCAAGUGACGAAGCAUUGGAACAAUUCUAUCGGGGACAAGAGAGACGACGUGUCGGUGAUACGUUAUUGAAUAAGCAGAGCAGUCGUUCACACUCCAUAUUUAAUAUUCGCGUGGUAAUGGCACCUUGUCUUCUAGAUACAUGUUACCCUGAUGCUGAUCCUACAAAGAUGCAUAUCAGCCAGUUAUCUCUAGUUGACUUAGCUGGAUCAGAACGGACAAAAAGAACGGGUAACGAAGGAGCACGCCUUAUUGAAAGCGGCAAAAUAAAUCAAGGACUUUCAGUUCUUCGUCAGUGUUUUGAGAAAUUGCGAGAUAAUCAGUUACGUGAUAAGGCAGCUGCGAUUUCAUAUAGAGAAUCGAAAAUAACACAUCUGUUUAAAAACUCUUUCGAAGGAAGUGGAAAAGUGCGUAUGAUUAUUUGUCUGAAUCCAAGACCGGAAGAUUUCAGUGAGAAUCAGGGUGUAUUAAAUUUUGCGCAGCUGUCAAAGGAUAUUGUAAUUCCGGAAGGGAGUGAGGUUGUACCACCAUCACAAUCCGGUUUUCCAGUCAGUCGUCGUGAUUUCUUGAAAUGGUUAAACGAAUUAGGAUCUGUACAUAUAUCGAACAAGGAGGUACUAUCUUUUCCAUUGCCACCAUCGUUCAGUGUUUCCGGUUCGGAAGAUGCAGAAUCGAUAUCACGAUUACGUGAUUAUUAUCAACACAGUGCACAGGAAUAUAAUUCUUUGUAUCUAAUAUUUGAACGUAAAACGGCUGAAAUGGAGCAACAGUUACAGCGAGCUUUGUGUACUGUUGAUCUGCAAGAAGUGCGCAUUCAUGAACUUGAAGCUGAGAGAGAUGAAACGGAACGACUUUUGUCAACACUAACAUAUAAACUAAAGCAAAUGCGGCGUGAAAACUUGGCCUUACGUCAACGCUUGGAGCGUUGUGAAUCGGAAGAGAACGAGAAGUUAAAUCAAGAGGCGGAGCAUAGACGACGUGAAAGACUGUACCAGGAACAGCUUCGUAAAAAGGAAAAAACGCUUCAUCAGGUACGUGAAAUAUGUGAAAGGCCGCUUGUCUCAUCAACUAAACGUUUCAAAAGCAUUGAAAAUAUUCACAAUACGGCCACAGCAGAUGAUGGCGUUCUGACUAGUGAUGGGAAGAAUGAAGAAUUGUCAACACCUCAUCGUGUUGCGCUUGCAAGACAGAAGUGGGAAGCACGAACUGCUAAUGAAAAUGCUUUAACAAGAACUCGCACCGGCUAUUACAACGCGCGAUUUCACAGACGAUCCAAGAGUGCGAACUGUAGAGUAAUUGAUCAUCAGCCUCGAAAUCGCAUUCCGGAAGGCACGAUCUUGCAGCCUCGUAUGCCGAAAUUUUCUAAAACUACGAAUAAAUUAAGUGCAGAAAAACUGAAAAAGUGCUCUGAUUAUGUACUGACACAUCAGGAGGUUGAUCGAGAAGGUUAUCUCACAACACAGGUUGUUAAGGGUGAAUGUAUCCCAACUGCUGGAGGAGGUACAGCGGUACGUUUCAAUGAUGUCGAAAGAUUGUCACACGAGUCACCAAAAGUUUAA